AUGGCCCUCUCUUGUUGUAGCUAUGAUUAUAAUAUUCUCAGGAGUCCUACUCUAUAUAUACACAAUUCCGCGCAAGAAACGGCACCGACACCGAUCUUCUCGAAUUCAAAAUUGUUUAACUGGGUCAAACCCUAUACCAACAAGAAGAAAUCCUUGCAUUUUUCUCCGUUGACUCAUCGGAAAUCAUCCAGAUUUCAGUGUUCGAGUUAUUUCCAAUCCAGUGGUUAUACUGUUGGUUCGAGAAUAAGAUACUUGUUUUUCGCCAUGGAUGAUCCUUUUGAGAGUUCCAUUUCUUCACCUCCUUCGAAGAAGGCCUUGACUACGUCGAAUCAUCUGCGACACGUGGAUUCUUUGGCCACUCUGCCUUCUGGGGCCGGCAGGAUUCCCGAAUUGAAUGCUGUUAUACUUGGAGAGUCGCUAGCUUCUGAGGAAGAUGAUCUCGUUUUCCCCAGCGACGACUUUUCUCGACAGGCCCAUGUCCCAUCUCCCCAAAAGUAUUUGGAUAUGUAUAAAAUGUCAAUCGAGGACCCUGAUGGAUUUUGGUCAGACAUUGCGUCCCAGUUCUACUGGAAACAGAGAUGGGGCCAACCAGUGUACUCGGAAAAUCUUGACAUCCGAAAGGGGAGAAUCAAGAUCGAGUGGUUCAAAGGUGGUAUAACCAACAUCUGCUACAACUGUCUAGACAGAAAUAUUGAGCUGGGAAAUGGUGAAAAGGUUGCUCUUUUUUGGGAAGGAAAUGAACCUGGUGUUGAUGGUAAUUUGAGUUAUAACCAACUGUUGCAGAGAGUUUGCCAGCUAGCAAAUUACCUUAAAGACGUUGGCAUCAGAAAGGGUGAUGCUGUCGUGAUUUAUCUACCAAUGCUGAUGGAGCUGCCAAUAGCUAUGCUUGCUUGUGCUCGUAUUGGUGCUGUUCACUCGGUUGUUUUUGCUGGGUUCUCUGCUGAAUCUCUUGCGCAGAGGAUCAUGGAUUGCAAACCAAAGGUUGUAAUAACUUGCAAUGCUGUUCGAAGAGGAUCAAAGAUCAUCUAUCUCAAAGAUAUAGUUGAUGCUGCCCUUGCAGACUCUGCUCAAAAUGGCUUUGCCGUAGAUGUAUGUUUGACCUAUGAAAAUCUCUCUGCCUUGGAGAAGGUUAAAACUAAAUGGCGGGAAGGAAGAGAUACAUGGUGGCAGGAUGUUGUUACUAAAUAUCCAACAACCUGUGAUGUGGAAUGGGUUGAUGCAGAGGAUCCAUUAUUCUUGCUCUACACAAGUGGAAGCACUGGAAAGCCCAAGGGUGUCUUGCACACAACUGGAGGAUACAUGGUAUAUACGGCCACAACAUUCAAAUAUGCAUUUGACUACAAACCAUCAGAUAUUUACUGGUGUACAGCUGACUGUGGAUGGAUUACUGGACACAGCUAUGUCACUUACGGGCCUCUGCUGAACGCAGCAACUGUUGUGGUUUUUGAAGGGGCCCCUAAUUAUCCUGAUUCAGGACGUUGUUGGGACAUCGUCGACAAAUACAAGGUGUCUAUAUUCUACACUGCACCCACACUGGUGCGGUCUUUGAUGCGCGAAGGAGAUGAGUAUGUCACACAAUAUUCACGCAAAUCCUUGCGCAUUCUUGGCAGUGUGGGCGAACCAAUAAAUCCAAGUGCAUGGAGGUGGUUUUUCAAUUUGGUUGGAGACUCAAGAUGCCCGAUAUCUGACACUUGGUGGCAAACUGAGACCGGGGGCUUCAUGAUUACUCCUUUACCGGGCGCGUGGCCUCAGAAACCUGGUUCUGCUACCUUUCCUUUCUUUGGAGUGCAGCCUGUCAUAGUGGAUGAGAAGGGUGUUGAGAUUGAAGGUGAGUGCAGUGGAUAUUUGUGUGUGAAAAGCUCCUGGCCUGGGGCAUUCCGAACACUUUAUGGAGAUCACGAAAGAUAUGAAACAACAUACUUCAGUGCCUUCCCUGGCUACUACUUUAGUGGAGAUGGCUGUAGCAGGGACAAAGAUGGUUACCAUUGGCUUACGGGAAGAGUCGAUGAUGUAAUUAAUGUCAGUGGGCACCGUAUUGGCACAGCAGAAGUGGAAUCUGCGCUUGUUUCACAUCCCCAGUGUGCUGAAGCUGCUGUCGUUGGUGUUGAGCAUGAGGUUAAAGGACAAGGCAUAUAUGCAUUUGUUACUCUGGUAGGAGGCGUUCCGUACAGUGAAGAACUGCGGAAAAGUCUUGUGUUGACAGUGAGAAAUCAGAUUGGAGCAUUUGCAGCUCCCGACAAAAUCCAUUGGGCACCGGGACUUCCAAAGACGAGAAGUGGAAAGAUAAUGAGAAGAAUUUUGAGGAAAAUUGCUUCGAGGCAAUUAGAUGAACUUGGGGAUACAAGCACACUUGCAGAUCCUAGUGUCGUUGAUCAGCUUAUUGCGCUUGCCGACUCUUGA